AGGAAGAGACGCUUGUGCGACACAGGCGGCUGGCGCGAGCCAGGACGCUGCCUACCAGUUAACCAGGAUGAAGCUGAGUCUCUCCAGAGUGGUCAGUGGUUGUCGUCUUGGGACACUGACAAACCUUGGCAAGAAUGGGGUUCAAACCAUGGAGCUUCCAGGCUGCCUACUGUAUACCAAAACAGGAUCCCCACCACACCUCGCCCAUGACACACUGCAGGCAGUUGAAGGGGUUCCCGCUGUUGUACAGCUCACACUUUCAACUCUGGUAGAACUUCACGAGGUCUUGGAGGAAUAUAAAGAAGGAAUUGGGAAAUUUAUAGGUCUGAGACUGUUUAUGUCACCCAGCCUAGAUGAUGUCAAGUGUCAGAUGUCCCCAGAGCAUUCAUUCAGUGGACAAGUAUGCCAGAGUCAGUGCUGUACUGCUCUCUCCAUGAUCCCGGUACCCCCUGCCCACCUGGCUACAACAACAACAAGAGGACGCCUGCGAACUGGGCUGAAUCCCACCCUACUCAUUUCACACAGGCUACAGUGCUGUCAAAUGGCAACAACUUUUUGUCGCUACUCACAUAAGACAGUGUCCAUAUGGGGCUACGGAGGGCGAAUGGAAAUGACAGCUUCCAAGUUCAUGAGCAUGCAGCGUGCUCUCCAACCAGAUUGGCUUCAGUGCCUCUCUGAUGGAGACACUAUUUCUGGUGAAACCUCCAGAAAGCGGGCCAAGAAGUCUGUGGACCGGUCGCUUUCCUUCCUUGACAAGUGCCUUCAGCUGCAGGAGAAAUCGCCGGAGCUGCAGGGCAGUGUGAUGGUUGGAGUGAUAGAAGGCGGGGACGUGUUGGAGGAGAGACUCAGAUCGGCUAGAGAGACUGCCAAGCGACCUGUGAGUGGUUUUCUGCUGGAUGGUUUUCAGGGACAAGCCAUGGCCAAGGAGACCAAGCUGAAACUGAUGGCCUCUGUCACAGCGGAGCUGCCGGAGGAUAAACCAAGACUCAUUCAUGGCAUUGGCAAGCCGGACGAGGUACUCGAAUGCAUUGAAAGAGGAGUGGACGUGUUUGAGAGCUUUUUUCCCUACCAGGUGACAGAGCGGGGCUGUGCCCUAUCCUUCCGCUACAAUUACAAUCCUGACCCUGAAGCUGCAGUCCUUGAACAAAAUGGGAUCCAGGAUGCAGGGAAAAAUGGCACUGAAAAAGACAUAAAUGAAACCUCAAAAGCUGACCCAGAAAUAACUUCGUUCGAGAUAUUUUUGAAAGAUAAAAGGUACCGGGAUGAUUUUGGUCCCUUGGUGCACGGAUGCACCUGUUACUGCUGUCAGAACCAUAGUCGAGCCUACGUCCAUCACCUCCUGGUGACCAAUGAGCUGUUGGCUGGUGUCCUGCUCAUGAUGCAUAACUUUCAGCACUACUUCAGCUUCUUCCAUUCCAUCCGAGAUGCACUGAGAGAUGACAGGCUGGAUCAGCUGAAGGAGCUCAUCUUCAGGCAGGCACUCUGAGACCCAGGAAAUGCAUAGCCAGGCCAGUGAGUGUGGGGGGAAGAGGUGAGAGAGAACUAGUGAAGGGGGGAAGGCUCCAGGUUUUGUCACUUCCCAAGGAGAUCAUAUUAUCUGGAGUGCCUGCAGUGUAUUCUGGAUUUGUGAGGCUAGACAACAGGAAAGGAAGAUUUUUCCCCUCACACCGGUUAAGUGGAGGAAUUGGAAGGGAGACUAGCUGGAAAAGACCUUCUAGAGGCUUGCAGGACCAGUGCAACUACCUUUGUAUUCAGUGAUCAAACAGCAUUUCUGGGGGUAACAGAACUCUCAGGCUUGGGGUGGGGAGAAAAGGAGACAGAUGCAUUAUGGGAGACUCCCAGCUGCCAUUUUGGGCUGUUGCUUCAACCUCAGUGAAUGAAGCAGAUGAAUGUCAGUCUAAUUAGGAUUUGUAUCUCUUUAAAGAAAUCCUUGUGGGGGACAAAGGAAGGGAUAGUCUUCACGUAUUUGCUUGGAAUGAGGUUCAGCCUCAUCCUAACAUCUCUCUUCUCAAGGCCACAGCCAACAUUCCUCCUACUGAUGUUGACUGCAUGGGAGGCUUUCAAAGCUGUUCAAUGCCAGCCCCUCUUCCUCCUCUCCUCCAUGAUGCCUUACAGUUCCAGUCCAGGGAGAGAAGGAUAGUGUAUAGCUUAUAGCUAUCUCCCAUGUCGCAAUUCAGAGCACUUGCCAAUAAGCCAACACACCAAUCCCCCUUGGUAGCUUGGGACCCUCCAAACUAGGUCUGGCCUUGCAUGGUACUGCAGAGCAUCAGCCACAGGGCUGGUCCCCAUCCAUGGCUCUUUGGGCAUUUGAUCUAUAGCCUUUCUGGCUAUAUAUUCUGCUACAGGGUCUUUUGAGUCUGCCA